UUUAAAAACUACUCGGCUUCCGUACAGCUGAAAGCUAUAACGAUCCACGUAGCUCAAUAUAUGCCCGUGGCUGCAUAACACCGGUGUUUUGCUGCUGUUGGUGGUUGCCCUCUUCCCGUUUCCGUCGGUGUCAGGCUGAACAACCACCGCUACCAAGUGUGGAGACCGGGCUUAGCGGUUUUGGAGGACGUUUAAGCAUGGAUGCUGUUAAAGAAGGAGAUAGGAGCAGCCUGACCUCAGGCCGAAUGGUGGCCCUGGCUGCAGGACUUUCUCUUGGGGCCACAGUGGGCUACAUGGUCUAUCGCCACGUCCGUAGCUCCAGAACCUGUCUGGAGUCCAGUACUGAGGAAUUCAGCAUGGUUCUACCUAUUGAUGUCUACAAGAAUAUCUUCAGGUGUCAGGCUAUGUUCCUUGAUAUGGUGAACCAGAAGUCUGGAGCUCAGGUGAGAGUUUUUCCUGACCCAGAGGAAUCUGGGUCUAAGGUGUGUGUCCAGCUGCAGGGCUCAAAGGAGCAGGUCCUGCUAGCUCGCUGUGUUCUGGAGAAUCUCGCCAUGGAUGCUCAACUAGUGUCUGAGGUUUUGGAGGUUCCUCAGACCUCCUUUGGAUGCAUCAUAGGGCGCAGUGGGGAGAGUCUGAAGAUAAUAACCAGGACAACAGGAGCUCAAGUGGACUGCUCCAAGGACAGAGCUGCUAGUCAAGGUUCAAAGGGCACAGUGACCAUCACAGGGACCAGACAGGAAGUCCGGCAGGCCAAGGAAAUGAUUUUGGAGAAAGUCAAAGAGGACCUGAUGGUGAGGAGGAACAUCUCACAGUCAUCAGCACUCCGCCAGAGACGUCAUCAUGCAGUUCUAGGUCAAAGGUCAGACGAUGAGACUGGCUCUUCUCUGGGUCUGAGUAACAAUGGCCCAGUCUGCCACGGAGAAGAGAGCAGGUCUCUCGUCUCAGGACCAGAUAUAGGGGUUGUGAUGAAGAAGCUCCAGGUCCCUGGUGAAGAAUGUCUAUCUCCAGAGUCACUGUCUGAGGUGUCCAGGUUUGAGAUCCUCAGCCCAGAGCUGAGCUUCCAGCCUGAUGAACACUUGGAGGUCUAUGUUUCUGCAUCUGAGAACCCAAACCACUUCUGGAUCCAGAUCCUGGGAGUUCGUUCCCUCCAGCUGGACAAACUGAUGGAGGAGAUGAACCACUACUACAGCAACGGAAACCCUGCAGUGCAGCAGGUGAAGCCCAUUGUGGUUGGAGACAUUGUGGCUGCUCCAUACCGAGACCAUGACACAUGGAACAGGGCCAGGGUCCUGGGAAUCCUAGGCUCCAACCUUGUGGACCUGUACUAUGUGGACUUUGGGGACAAUGGGGAGCUGCCUCCUGCUAGCCUGAGACAUUUGAGGAGCGAUUUCCUCAGUUUACCAUUCCAAGCUAUUGAGUGCAGCCUGGCUGGACUGAUGCCUAAAGGGGAGGUCUGGACUGAAGCAGCUCUGGAUGACUUUGAGCGGCUGACACAUUGUGCCCGUUGGAGACCCCUUCAAGCUAAACUUUACAGUUACUCCCACUCCGAGGUGUCCUCCUGGCCUAGUGUCAGGCUGUACGACUACAGCGAGGGAAAGACUGUGGACAUCUGUGAGGAGCUCAUACGGCUGGGCCAUGCUGUCAGCUGUCAGGAAACACUGAAUGGAAGAGCAGAGGAGCACCAUCUGAGUAACCUACAAAGAAUGUUGGAUGCCGUCAAAGGGACCUCUUCAGAGCUCAGCCUUUCCUGUAUCAGUUUAUCGGAAGAAGGUGCCUCCAUCUCAGGAAGUGCUGAUGACAUUGUAGCGGAUAAGCUGCUCUGAGACCUUUCAGCUCUCCGUCCACUUCUCAGCUCUAGUUCAGAUGACAUGAAGAGGAGUUUGUAGUUUGACCCAAACUCGUGGAGCUUUUCCUCCUCAGGGACAGGCCCACAGAACCAUCCUUCUUUCUCUUUGUGUUUCUGCGGUUCUUUUCCACUUGAUGCUGCUUCAAAGAAACGUUCGUCCAAAUUUGUGUAAACAGAUGUUACCAGCAGCAGGCUUCCAGCUUGUUCCUGCUGGUGUGUUUUCUUUAUAAUGGUCUGAUAAACCAGCACAGGGUGCAGUAUUUAGGCUGGUGCAGAUUCAGUCCUACUACACGUGUUAUGUGACAUCUACUGUAUCACUGUGAUCCACAGCAGUGUGUUAGAAUAAACUACAUUCACUUCCCA